AUGGGGGCCAGCAGUCACCGGCUGACCGACAGAAGGAUCCAGAUGGAAGCCAACGAACGCAGUUCGGAAUUCGGCAACAGUUGGCUAGCUGGCUGGCCCAAGGGAGGGAAGGGACAUCACGGAAGCUAUCCCGGCUCGGCGCGCCCGGACAAUGUCAAGAUAGUCGGCACCGGCACGGAAAGAAAGUAUUAUGUUCGGUACAAGAACGAAUACAAUGAAGAGGAGAUUAUCUUCACUCAGAUCCGCCUGUCUUAA